AUGUCUGAUAUUCUCAUAGAUGAUUGCGAAAACCCUGAAAACUCAGGUCGGGUUUCAAGGCCAACACUAGCUCAAGUAAAAGCCAUAAUAUCUUUCAUGGAGAAACAUCCCGAUUUGGCACAUAGAAGAUUAAGGGUGGGCAUGGGACAUGCCAAGUUUAAAAAGUUAUGGUUAGAACUCUCCAAUAUAGCUAACUCUAUAGACGGAACUAUAAAGUCCACCAAGGGCUGGAUCAAGUUUUGGUCAGAUAAGAAGCGCAGCAUACAUAUCAAGAAAAAACAAAUUGAAGAAGGGAAACUUUUAGGGUCAUUGACUGCACUAGAACAAAAAAUUUAUGACCUUUGUGAUGCUCAUCCCCCAAUAACAAGUAGAAAGAAAAAAAUUGUGAAAGAAGAGCCCUGUAAUGGUAAUGAUAAUGAAUCAUUUGAUGAUGAGUUGUCAAAUGACUACAAACAAGAGGAAAACAGCAGACUGAAUACUUCAGAAGUGGAUGAACGUCAAUUAAAUAUGAUAGACAAAUUGGUAGUGGUCAUGAAUCAGCAGUCAGCAGCACUUUCGCAAAUGGCACAAGCGACUCUCACUUCCUCCAAGGCUUUGGAGACCAUAGCGGAAGCCUCUCAUGUACAGGCAAUCGCUGUAGACAGACUCGCGAACACCUUCGAAACUAUCAACGCCUCCUUCCACGAUGUCAGGAACGCCAUAUUAGGUAUAGAUUAUACUAUAAAAAGGUGUUAUCCAGCAACGGCAUCCGAACAAAGACAAAAUUCAAAUAUAUUCAGUUAG